AUGGCGUGGUCAGCAACUAGCAGCAGCAGAUUGCCAUCCAUUCUGCUACUCUUGGUUCUUUGGGCUAGCAUCGGACAAGGUUAUGCAUUCGACUCAUUAAGACUUAUCUCGAGAAGCUCGGAUUCGUGUCCCACCUCAUACGAGCACUGCGGCAGCACGAAACUCCCAGAUAACUUCUGUUGUCCAUCAGACUCAACCUGCAUCAGUUUGGACGAUGCCACCUCCGCCAUAUGUUGCCCCGAGGGCAGCGACUGUCAGUAUAUCACGCCUAUUGUCUGUGAUAUCCAGGAGCAGAAUGCCACUCUCUACCCCUCAAACCCCAUCAAGACAACUCGUCUAGGCGACAGUCUGCCCAAAUGCGGCGAGAAGUGUUGCCCAUUCGGCUUCACCUGUGACGGAAACACCUGUGUCAUGAACAAAGCUGCCGCCACAACCGCAACAGCCUCUGUAUCCGAAUCCACAACCACAACUGCGUCCUCAACAUCAACGUCAUUCACCGGUUCAGCAACCCUCGGAGCAACCUUCACCCCAAUAUCAUCUCCAUCAGCUGCAGCCUCCACAAACGCCACAUCAGCAGUCCUAUCAGAAUCGUGUCCCUCCUUCCCAAGCAAAGCCAUAAUAGCAGGCUUCUUCCCCGGCGCAAUCUUCGGCGCCGCCGCCGCUCUCUUAAUAUCCCUUUGCCUCCGACGCCGCGCUCGCAACGCCGAAACCAAAAUCAGGGAAUCCAAAUUCCCAUCGCACUGGUCCCAGCGCACUUCUACAGGGGCUGUAAUGAGCAUUUCAAGACCAAUAGUCUCAGAAGACGCCUCUUACCGCACAGACUUCCUCCUCCGGACUCCACCCGAUAUGAAACGCUCUUCAGUUGGAGGACGCUCUACCCGGUCUAGGAUGCAUCGCACCGGCAGCAGAGUGAGAAGCCUUUUCCAUAAAAGUCCGCGACUAGACAAGAAUGUACCGCCUAUUCCUGUACAUCCCGUCACUCCUCCAAGGCAGCGUGAGCCCAGCACGGAGAGUAUCAAGGUGUACUCUCCACCCGGAACUUUCGCACAGCCCAGGAAGUUCCUAGGGCCUGAACCGUAUCCGGCUACGAUUGCGAGGCCUGAUACCACUUUUACGGAUUUGAUUCAAGGGCAUGGCUUUAGUGGUCCCCAAGGAGAACCUUCAUAUCGCAUUCGUGAGGAUUCGAAAGAGAAUCCUUUCAGAGAUCCUCGUCCUCCACAUGUUUGA